AAAAAUGUAUAAAAAGAAUUGUUUAUAAGCAAUUUAAAUAACUAUUAAAAAGUUUACGAAUAGUUAUACGUUAAAUGAAAUAGUUAAAAAAAAAAAACAUAAAACUACGCUGUUUGGUCCUUUUACAACCCCCUUGCGACACGUAAAGAUAGUGAGUUAUCAAAACCAAUUUCUUUUUCAAACUAACGGACAAAAUAGCGGGAUAACCCAUUGAAAAACUUUAUAAAAAAUCUUCAUCCAUAACUAAGGACCACCCUAGUGCACCUACUUAAAUAGAACAACUUGUAUAUUACAUUAUCUAUCCACCGGCUUUCCGCUGGUAUCCAUUCGAUGCUGCUCUAGUUCUAUAAAAUAUAAUAAUAAUUUAAAAAUUGAAAAUUAAAAAUAUUCAAGUGUGAUUAUCGAUUAUAUACAUCUAUGUUCUAUACGGGGGGGAAAAAAAGACGUUACAUCCGGAUGUCAAUAAUUUCGGACGCGUGCCAUUUUUAUUACAUCGAAAUUUCAGCCGGUAUCCUUUGAAAUAUUAAAGAAACCCGGAGACAACUAAGAAGACCGUAAAAAAAAUUUUUAAAAAAACGCUUUCAAGUAUUUGUUCAUCAUAGUUAUCUAGCCAUAGUAACGCCGCUAUCGACACAUACAGCGAUACUUAAAAAAAAAAUCUUUACUAUAGACACGUUUCCAUAUUAUUAUUUCGUUUUAUGAGAAAUUCGUUUUCGUCGUGUUUAACGCCAUCAUGUCGAGAUUUCAGAAAAGCCCGAGAUCGUCCGAAAAAUGCGCGGAAAAACCCGAAAAAAUCACGCGGCUGUUGAUCGAUCCGCAGUGCCCCGGUCCCUGCGGCACAAAGUUCGGCCAAUGGACGGACCGGCCGCUGUCCUCGUCGCGGUAUCGCGACGAAAACCGCAAACGGUAUGCGACUGUCGAGAGCCGACACAAGACUGUAGGAAGGCCCCGGGGAAAUAGAGGUGGGAGGGCCGGCGGGAUCACGAUGAAUGCCGACAAACAGUCCGGUUGGCUGGCCGAAGAAGCGGCCCGGCUGGCCAAGUACGACGACCCGAAGCAGCUGCGAGCCAAGCUGUUGUCGGCGACCAAUCUCGCGUACCUGGAAAUGGUCGAGGCCGACGGACAGUUGGACCGGGCCGCCGCGGCGUUCGGUUACCUGUUACUGGUGGACGAAGAGCGGUGCCAACCGCAGCGAAAUGUCCCGUCGAUCAAGUCGGAGACGGAGCGGCUGGCCGCGGUGACGCGAGCAUUGACGCGGGACACCGACGGCGACAACGGCGACGGCUGGGCGAUGUCUCUGUUGCGCGCUGCGCUGGUGUUUGUUGGCGAUGACGCCAAGUCGUGGAAAUGGGCCGCCGAACUUUUCGCGCUGGCCGCACUCUCCGUGACGGACGAACACACCCGGGACGAGGCGAUGUGCCUGCUGGGGAUCGGCAUAAGCUACGCCAACAGCAAGUUGUCUCUGGCGAUCCAAUUUCUGGAAAAGGCCCGGUACGCGGCCGACAGCCACCGCCACGACUGGUUGGUCCCGGCGGACAUGGCAUACGCCACGGCCGUCCCUGUAAACCGCGAAUGCAGCAUUUGGGAAGCCGCUUGUUUCGUCAAACACGAGGUUCUGAUGGCAGUUGCGCGCACACUCCUGCAGGACCUCCCGGAUCUGGCACUGCGAGCCGUUCGGAAUGCCCAUCUGUUGCUGGGGGAGAUUUGCGGCGAUAGCGGUCCGCAGGAUAGCCGCUUGCACUUGUGUCACGCAACAGUGGCGCACGAGCUGGGCGUCAAGUACACGGAGGCCGGAAUCCCGGGUCUCGCCGCGAAAUGUUUCAGUGAAUGUGCCGCUAUCGCCGCCCCGUUGGAUCCGAACUUUGCCCUGGAAGCCGAGUUGGCGGCGGCCCGGGUGUGCCCGGAACCACCGCCGACGGGCCGCGACGCGGUAUUUCAACGUAUCGCGGCCGAAGCGUUGGCCAGGCGCAACAUACCGGUGCUCGUGAAAGCGACGGCGGCCCGCGGCCACGUGGCCAUGGACAGCGGCCGGCAGAAAGACGCGCACCGUCAGUUCGCCGUGGCUCAGAACAUAGCCAAGGAAACGGGCCAUCGCGUUGACGGCAUGGACUCGAUUCGGUUGUACGCGGCCGUCAGCCGGACGUGCGAGUUUUUACAGGCGAACUUCCCGUUUAUAAGCGCCCGGGGUUACGAUUUGCUUGCGGAACCGCGGCUUUGGACGGGCGACGAAAACCCACUGAUAGUGCACGGCCUGCACAACGAAGAGAUUCUCUUGAACUCGGACCGCGUCCAAGAUAACGUCAUCAGAGCUGAUGUCAUGAAGAUCGUCGAGAAGUUUCCCGUGGCCGCCGAAAUCGAACCGGAACGGAUCUGCAGCUAUCAGCCCAGAGAAGUUGUGGUCGUUUCGCCGACCGAAAAGAAAGAAAAGGGGAAAAAAGUCACAAUACAAUUCACAUGA